CCAUAGCCCCCUCUGUACCCCCUCCCGACCUUUCCACUCCCCAUCCGCCUCAGUUUCAUUCUGUGUCCCGGAUGUAAACAAACUCCCAUUCACAGAAAGGAAAUUCAUUCAUUAGAAGGCCGGGAAUAGGACUGGCAGGAUUUUCUACGAGUUUGCCUUCAUUCAUACAUCAGGGAAAGAGCGUUUGUGUCGUGAAAACGGGAAGCAGGAGGUAGUAGGAAGUGAAAGAUGUCGUAGAAAAGAGAGAAAGAAUAGGAGGAAGAAAAGGGGAGAAGAUGGAGAGGAAGAAAAAACGACAAGAGUAAGAGAAGGAGCGGGAGAAAUGUGAAAGAAUAUGGAGAAAAAUACAAAAUAAAAUCGAUUAGAACAAUAAUAUAGAGACAAAACGAAACAAUAAAAAGAUCGACAGAUAAAGAAAAUAAGGAGGAAUCGAAGAGGAAUAAGAGAAGAAGAAGAAGUAAAUAAGAUAAAAACACGCAAAAAUAUAAGGUACCUCCCAUACAUCGAAAUAGUCACGUGGUUACAUACCUCGUCACCGUCACAGGACUGUGUUCUACCGUGCUGUGCUGUGCCAAGCUGUGUCGGACGAACAUCGUGUCACGCUGUGUCAAACCGCCAUUGUGUCAAUCCUCCUCCUUCACGUUCUCUUACCAUGUCAAACAGCUUGUCUCUAUAUUUGCGAAACAGAACCGAGGCGUGAACUCCCCGUAGAGUUUUCCUGCGAGGAGCGGCUGCCGGUGUUACAUUCCCUGCGUAACUAAAACCUUCCUGUCACGGGUUGGCACUGGCUCUGGUGACGUCACGCUCUACGUCAACUCUGGUCCCGCCGUGUUAUCCCCCGCCUGGUGCCCGUGGACGAAACAGCAAGCGAGGCACCCAGAGCCACUUCUCGCUCCCUCCCCCUCCCCUCUCCCUCUCCCCCCUCCUUCUCCCUUUGCCUCUCCCUCCAUUCCACCCCCUAUCUCUAUCCCCCCCCCCUGCCUCUUAUCUUUCAGGCUGUGCGGGCUUUCCGUGGCACUGUCCUCGUUCAGGGUAAGCCGACUAGUGCCAGUCGAGCAGUGCCAAGGGAAAGACAUUCGGAACGGAACUCACGACACUUCCCUUUGUUCUUUCGCUCUCUGGAAGUUUCGGGUUCAGUGACAUCGGGUGUUGCGUCUCUCCUUUAGUAGUUCUUCCAUAGACAGUCCCUUUUAGAGACGAGUGAGACACUUGUGAACUGUAUUAGUUACUGAUAUUCCUUUGAGAGAAACGAAGAAGCAGUUUGGCAGAGAGAAAUCGCUCGAGAACGUGGUUACGUCCGUCAUGUUGCCAUCUUCUCUCCCGCUCAGAUGACCUUUGAACUUUGAGCCAUUUCGUGACUAGACGAGCUUCUCCCCGCACCCGCACCUGCAUCCACCCGCACGCCAUGUCCAACCCCUGCGACCCCGUGUGGAAGGCUCUGUGCGCCCUCAAGGAUGCUCUCAUCUCGCCCUGCUCCUCUGGCGACGACGACCAGCCGCUGGCCGAGUCCUCCAACGCCUCCAACAUCUCCAUCACCUCCUCCAACCUCGCCCUCGAAGACCACGUCAUCGAACACGACCUGGGGAUCAGCAACCCGGGCCUCGAAGAUGACAGCUUCACCGACAAGGUCUUGGCCGGGGACGCGACUCUGCCUGGAGGCGGCGGAGGUGGAGGGUGGCGGCCCAUGCUGCGGUUCCAUGACCAGCCCAUCACGAAGGAGCCGCAGGCGGGCGACAGCGGCCACUGGACGGUCGACAACGGCGUCUUCAGCGAAGUGGACCUCGGCGACGGCGGCGACCGCACGGACGGCGUCCAGAUCCCCGGCGCGGAGGGCCGGACGGACUCGCGCAGCACGACCCGCGAGUCCGGCUACGGGCGCUCUCUCGACGACAGCAACGGGUCCUCGUCGCAGGAGCCCUCCGUCAGCGUCGCCUUCCACUCGCGCCCGGACCCUGGUGUUUUCAAAGUGGUGGUUGAGGACGUGACAAGAUGCUGGUUCGUCCUGAGGCGGUAUCAAGAAUUCCUUGCUCUUCAGGACAUAAUCAAGCUCAAGGUACGUCACAGGAAGGUCCACGAACCGCGUGUCACUCUCCCACUACAGGACACAGCGGAGCGCACAUUACUCAAUUCCUUUAUCCGGGCCGUUAUGGGAGAUCCUAGAAUCGUAGCCGUACCGGAGGUUCGCGAAUUCCUGCAGCUCGACAGAUUCAGAAGGUCGAGCACCACAGAUACGUCCAGCAGUUCGAGUGAUUCUGCAGGAUCGCCGGACUCCAGCCCUUCAUCUGUAGUAUUGGAUCCUAGCCGUCUUAUGCCGCCAUUAGCACCCGCGCUUGCAAGGAAACAAGUGUUGAAUAACCACAGGAAAAAGUCUGGCAAGGAAGACAUAUCCUCUUCACUUGACUCCGAAAAAGACAUAGAUCUCGGUUGUACCAAGAAAUCACUUACUCCAGGAGACUUCGAAUUCUUGAGCGUAGUCGGAAAGGGAAGUUUCGGACGAGUGAUGCUUGCCCGAUACCGCCAGGACAAUAAAGUUUACGCUGUGAAGGUGCUGAACAAGAAGAUGAUAAUCCGGAGGAACGAGACGGCCCACGUGCUGAGCGAGAGGUCGGUGCUGAUCCAGGUGAUGGAACACCCGUACCUCGUGACGCUGCACUUCGCCUUCACGACGCACCAGAAAAUCUUCUUCGUCCUGGAUUACGUCAACGGCGGAGAGCUGUUCUUCCACCUGCAACGGGAACGCGUGUUCAUGGAGCCGAGAGCCAAAUUCUACGCCGCCGAGAUCUGCUGUGCUCUCACGUACAUGCAUACGAAGGGCAUCGUGUACCGUGACCUGAAGCCCGAAAACAUCCUGUUGGACACGGCGGGCCACAUCGUCCUCACUGACUUCGGCUUGUGCAAGGAGGGCCUCCUGCACUCCUCCUCCAAGACGUCGACCUUCUGCGGGACUCCGGAGUACCUGGCGCCGGAGAUCCUGAAGAAGCAGCCGUACUCCCGCGCCGUCGACUGGUGGACGUUGGGCGCCGUGCUCUACGAGAUGCUGUACGGCCUCCCGCCCUUCUACUCUCGCGACACGCACGCCAUGUACAGCGCCAUCCUGACCAAGCCGCUCAAACUGAAGGCCACAGUCAGCAAGAGAGCGAGAGCCAUCUUGGAAGGGCUCCUUCAGAAGGACCCGCGUGACAGGCUCGGCGCGGGACUCUUGGACGGAGAGGACGUCAAGAAGGACGAUUUCUUCAAGGACAUCGACUGGGACAAAGUGGAGAAGAGAGCCAUCACGCCGCCCUUCGUGCCUUCGGUGAGCAGCGAAACGGACACGCGAAAUGUCGACCCGAUGUUCACCAAGGAGGCCGUCAUAGGUCACUCUCCGGCCUCGCCCCAAGGACUGUCGGCCUCCGUGCAAGCGGUCGACCACGUCUUCCAGGGCUUCAGCUAUGCCCCGCCCCUCGAUCUGGAUGACCAAUGGGAGGCGGCGUGAGCAUGCUGGGAAAUAGCAUGUGCGGGUGUGCAGCUUCAGGACCUAUUUGUGAUGUUAAGCCCCAACCCUUAUAGCCGGUCGGGGCUCAGGCUUGUAGAAGCUUUGGGGGGGUCAGUCAGUUGGAGAGACAAGGUGGAAUGAAACUUCAACAAACUGAAAAGGCUUUUCUAAAGAGCUGAACAUUAUGGUGACCAAGAGGAACAUUGACGAAGGAAGUGUAUAUACUUAAAGGGUAUUAUUUUUAUAUAAACGAAUAAUAAUAAUGAAAAAAAAAAAAUAUAUAUAUAUACACAUUCUAAAAAAGUGAUAGAAACUCCUCAGGCAGAAAAAACGUUCUCCUUGGGGUUCUAUAAGGGUAAUGGACAAAUGGUUGUGUCUUUGUAAAUAAUGUGUUCUACAUUAUGAUUUCUGUUUUACGAGAAAGGCCAGUGAAUUUAUGAGUGAUUUUCAGGAGAGACAAACGUGUAUAACUUAUGAUAUUCGAUUGUCAUUAUUAAUUCAACAGGUGUAGAGGUGAAAAAACGCCUGAUUAUCGAAUUACGAAAAUUUUAUGGACAUGAAGAUGACAAAUAAAUCAGCAGCUUGGAUUGUGAUUUUUAACACACAUUAGAAAUUGUUUAGUAUUAGAGACUUUUUUUUUACUGCGAACAAGGAAACAUGGAAGUAAGAAAGCAAGGAAGAGAGAGAGAGAGAGAGAGAAAGAUGGAAAAGAGAGAAAAGUAAGAGAUAGACAGAUGAAUUAUCUUAGAUAAUCUGAAAGUUAUUCCGUGAAAAAAUUGAAACAAAUUGAAAUAUUA